AUGGCGGUGGAAGAUCCUCCGUCAUCGCCGCCCAAUGCAAAGACCAACACUGCCGACGCUAUCGCUUACUACAAGUCGCAGUAUGAGCUACUCGAAGCUGAACUGGCUGAUUUCCAGUCAUCGAGUCGUGAGCUCGAAGCUGAACUAGAGAAGGACAUUGAGGCGUCGGAGAAGAGGGAGCGGAAGCUGAAGGAGAAGGUCGAGAGUCUGGGAUACGAGGUCGAGGAGUGGAAGAACAAGCUGCAGAAGGAGAUCACUACGCUACGAGACGCAAACCGGACUCUGCAGCUGAAGCUCAGGGACACAGAAGUGGCCAACGAUGACUUUGAGAGACAGGCCCGGAACACGACGUCUUCGCUAGAGGAUGUGGAAUCCAAGUACAACAUGUCGAUUGAGCGAGGGGUGUUGCUCGAGGAAGAGAUCAAGAAUGGCGAACAGGAGCGGGAGGAGCUGCGUAUCCGGGAGCAGCGACUGCGUGACGAACUGGCAGAUCUCAAGGUAGAAACCCAUAUUGUCCAGGAGAAACUGCGAAAGGCAGAAGCCGCUCUGGAACGAAAGGCGAAGCUGUCGCUGUUGGACUCAAGUUCGACAAAUGGCCAUCACAUCGAUCCAGCGGGCCACUCACCAACAACGACUGCCUCUUCACCCAUUGCAACGCCAUUGACGAAAUCUGCCUCGUCUGUUGCAUCUGAGAUCGCUACUCCUCCGUCUCCGCCUUUCUCUGAGUCGUCGACGAACGGGACGUUCAGAGGCGGCACCCCGAACAUGCCGCGAUCCCGCGUCUCCAUAUCCGAGUCUAGCACUCUAUCAAAACACCAAAAGUCGGCCUCGCGGUCCUCACGUCACUCCCGGGUGCCGUCAGUAUCCAUGGGGAGCACCACCGGCCGCCUGACCCCGUCUGCGGGACGACGGACUACUUCCACCAGCGUUCCCAAGUCAAGCUCGCUCUACCAGAUCCGCGGCCUGAUCGGGAAGAUGCAAAAGCUGGAGGAGCGCGUACAGUCUGCCCGAUCUCGACUGCCAGCACCGGUCGACACGCCACCUCGAGCGUCCCCUCGCACCAGCUCUGCCAUGAGCCAUCCGUUCAUGCCGUCGUCGGUGACGGUACGCAGCAACAGAAAACGAUCGAACGGCAGCGUCGCGAGCAGCUCCACCAAGGACGAGACGCCAGUCACCCCGGCACCCCGUCCCCCACAGGGGAGGAACUCGUUCGGUGGCCCAGCACCCGCGUUGUCGACCCCUUCGCGGCCAGGCAGUCGCACAAGCAUGUCGUCACGUUGCUCUGCCAGCAACAUGACCUCGUCAAGCAGCGUCGCCCAAGCUCGCCCGGAGUCUCGCCAGAGCCAAAACAGCUCUCGCACCCCAGGACACUACACCGCCAACUCGCUCAACAUGAGCAUGUCCAGCAUCACCGACUCUCAGCAGAACCACCACCACCACCACCAGCAUCACCCAUCCGUCAGCAGCACCGGCAGCAGCGGUGGCAUCCGCCGCCCACGCUCGUCGCUAAGCAACUACAACCCAUCCGCCAGCAUGUCGUACAUCGACGAAGACAACGCCGAAAUGGACCUGAGUAUGCACACGCCCACUCCACGACGCUACGACUACUCCGGCUCCGGCAGCUCUAUCCCAACCCCUGCUGCCCUGAAGAGACGAACCAGCGGCGGCAUGUCUUCUAUACCUACGCCAGCCAACCUAACCCCUCGACGCACCAGCUCAGCCCUCGGAAGGAGAGAUGGCGAUAUGCCUCCGCCGUCAGCUGGCAGGAGGAAGGCAUCCAUGACGCCUCGACCAUCCUCCUCCCUGGGCAGCCUGGGCGAGACAUACUAA